UUGGAAGGGUAGACGAAUCUUGUAGAUAUCAUAAAUAUGUCCACAAUCUCCCCAAGUCACAGGUGCGGAGGGGAGGAGAGAAUCAAAACCUAAUCUUCCGAUGAAUCAAUAGUAAUUUUACUUGCAAUCAAAUUCUUCCGCUUUCCAAUUCUCUGUCCUACCUUGGAAACCAGUUCGAGAUUCAGGCACGCAUGGAUGGAAAUAAAGAUGACGCUCUGAAGUGCUUGAAGAUCGGUAAGGACGCCAUCUAUUCCGGCGAUCGAGCUCGAGCGGUAAAGUUUCUCAACAAAGCUCGCCGGCUCGAUCCCAGUCUUCCCGUCGACGAUAUUCUAUCGAAGGUCGAGAACCGGUCAAGUUCUGCUGGACGUACAGCUAAUACUUCAACCAAACCUUCUGUUCAAUAUCGUGGAACUCCAAAUGGGGCAUCAGCUUCAUCAGCAUCUUCUUCUUCAUCCUCGGCUAUGUACACUGAGGAUCAAAUCACAAUUGUGAGGCAGAUAAAGAAGAAGAAGGAUUACUACGAGAUCUUAGAGCUGGAGAGGACUUGCUCUGUUGAGGAUAUACGGAAAGCCUACAAGAAACUAUCGCUGAAGGUUCAUCCCGAUAAAAAUAGAGCUCCAGGAGCCGAAGAGGCGUUUAAGUUGGUGUCAGAGGCGUUUCAAUGCCUCGGCAAUGAAGAGAAUAGGAGGAAAUAUGAUGAAAUUGGAAGGCCUUCUGAAGAGCCUGUGAGACGCACAACUAGGCAAGCCAGACAGGGUACCAACACUGAUAUUGAUGAAAUAUUUAGAAAAUUCUUCGGUGGAAGUCCUUCUGAAGAGCCUAUGAGACACACAACUAGGCACGCCAGACAGGGUUACAACACUAAUGUUGAUGCUGAUGAAUUAUUUAGGAUAUUCUUCCGUGGAUGGCCUUCUGAAGAGCUCGUGAGACGCACAACUAGGCACAAGACUGUGAGUAUGAGAGGCAGAGGAAGCAGCGGGAAUUCAUAAAGAACAAGCGUCUGAUAGGAUUGUCCCACUUAUAUACUGACAUUGCCACACCUCCCUUAGCGAUGUGGUACAUGUCAAUGUUACUUUACAUCUUAUGAAUGUAUGUAUAGUCUUCUCUUGAUUGGGUCAGCCUAAUAAGUCUAGUAUACCAUUUUGUUCUUAGACCUAUAAUGGGAUACAUAUUUGCAAUAACAUGGAAGAGCUAUGUAUUUGUGUUUUAAACACCCUGGAAUUUUUAUCUAUGUUACAUCGU